AUGAUAGGCUGGCCAGUGGUGGAAAGAAUCCGGAAAGAAAAGCACAAGCAUGAAUCUGCAUUGAAGCUUGCCGAGGAGCUUAUAAAAAAGAGCCAGAGCUACUGGUUGCAAUCUAUCAAUGCGGAGCCCACACUGGUUAAUAUCAAUACCCUUGAUCAAAGAGCAAGAGGAGCACAAAGUGACCGACAAGGUGGGGGAGGAAGAGAAGGAGAAGUAGAAAAUGAUGAAAAUGUUCAACCAUCGACCGAAGAAAAUAGAAGACACGAGACUCCUUCACACCCGUUGUUUGUAGCAACUAGUAAUGGAAUAGUAGAGAUUGCUCAAGAAAUACUAGAUAAAUUUCCUCAGAGUAUUGAGCUUGUUAAUCAAAUGGGGCAGAACAUAUUGCAUUUGGCUGUGAUGCAUCGACAGCGGGGGGUUUUCCGUGUUGUCAAGAACAAUAACAGACUAGUGACCAGGAUGAGCUCGACAAUCGACCAUAAUGGCUACACAUUGUUGCACCAAGUUGCACACAUGAAGCACUAUCACGGAGGAACCAAGCCCGGCCCUGCACUCGAGCUACAAGAAGAAAUAAAAUGGUUCAAGCGGGUGCUGAAGGUGCUUCCACCUUCUCUGUCCAAGAAGCGGGUGCUGAGGGUGGUUCCACCUUCUCAAGCAUUGCAAGGUGACAACGAGAAUAAAUUGACAGCACAUGAGCUCUUCCAAAUGGAGCACAAAAAACAACUCAAGUUGGCGCAAGAUUGGAGCCAGAAAACCUCUCAGUCAUGCUCAACAGUAGCCAUUCUUGUGACCACGGUUAUCUAUACUGCCGCUUACACUAUACCUGGAGGUUCUGACGUUCCAGGCUCUGCUAUCUUCCAUCACAACCGUUUCUUCUUGGCUUUCACUGCCUUGGACCUUAUCGCCAUAGUAAGCUCCCUCACCUCAGCUGUGAUGUUCCUUUCUAUACUCACCACUCCUUUUGAAUAUGAGAAAUUCCAUCAAAGUAUUCCACGGAAACUGAGCCUUGGCUUCGCUUUACUCUUCCUCACCGCUAUGACAACCAUGCUUUCUUUCGCUUGCACCCCUUUUCCAAUCAUUCGUUAUAAGAAGGAACUAACCACGGGUCUGAUUUCGAUUGCUGCUUUCCUUCCAGUGACAGUAUUUGCACUAAUGCAGUUCCCUUUAUAUGUCUCAUUUCUGAGCACUAUGAAGGACUUCUUUAAAGAAGCCAGGAAGUCUCUAAAUUGGUGUUGCAGCCCUUUUUGGUGCCAGCGUUGCAGGAAAGGGAAGACCAGAAGAAGACAAAGGGCAGUUUGA